CGCAAACACACUACAACAAGACAAGUGAAGAUGGCGGAUGUGUUGAGUGUUCUUCGUCAGUAUAAUAUCCAGAAAAAAGAAAUCGUCGCGAAGGGAGACGAAGUUAUAUUUGGAGAGUUCUCCUGGCCGAAAAAUGUCAAGACCAACUACAUAAUCUGGGGUACUGGUAAAGAGGGCCAGCCCAAAGAGUACUACACUUUGGACUCGAUCUUGUUCCUGCUCAACAAUGUCCAUCUCCCGCAUCCAUCCUACGUGCGAAGAGCUGCAACAGAGAACAUCCCUGUUGUCAGACGACCCGAUCGAAAGGGUUUGCUGUCGUAUCUCAAUGGCGACAGCUCCACAUCGACAAGUAUUGACAGAAGUGCACCCAUAGAAAUAGGGUUGCAACGACCGACGCAAGUCAAAAGAGCAGCAGAUGAGGUAUCUUCUGAAGCCAAAAAGCCAAGGGUUGAGGAUGAGGAACGAGUGCGUCUGGACAAGGAGCGUCUGGCUGCCCGUCUGGAGGGGCACAAAGAGGGCAUCGUGCAGACCGACCAGAUCAGAUCUCUGUCUGAGGCCAUGUCAGUGGAGAAAAUUGCAGCCAUCAAAGCCAAGAUUAUGGCCAAGAAACGUUCCACCAUCAAAACAGACCUGGAUGAUGACAUAACCCUGAAGCAGAGAAGCUUUGUGGAUGCAGAGGUGGAUGUCACCAGAGAUAUUGUCAGCAGAGAGAGAGUCUGGAGGACCAGGACAACCAUUCUCCAGAGCACUGGAAAGAACUUCUCCAAGAACAUAUUUGCCAUUCUUCAGUCGGUGAAAGCCAGAGAAGAAGGGCGAGCCCCAGAACAGAGACCAGCACAGAACACUACUCAAGUGGACCCGUCCUUAAGGAACAAGCAGCCCGUCCCCGCCGCCUACAACAGAUAUGAUCAGGAGCGAUUCAAAGGAAAAGAGGAAACGGAGGGUUUCAAGAUCGAUACUAUGGGUACUUACCACGGCAUGACCCUGAAGUCUGUGACGGAAGGAGCAUCUGCUCGGAAGGCCCAGACCCCAGCACUGCAGCCGGUCCCUCGUCCUGUUUCACAAGCCAGACCUCCACCAAAUCAGAAGAAAGGUUCCCGAACACCCAUCGUCAUCAUCCCUGCCGCCACCACCUCUCUCAUCACAAUGCUCAAUGCUAAGGAUCUUCUGCAGGAUCUAAAGUUUGUCACAUCGGAGGAGAAGAAGAAGGGAGGCAUCCAGCGCGACAACGAGGUUCUGCUCCAGAGGCGCAAAGACCAGAUCCAGCCGGGAGGCGCGACACUGAGUGUCACUGUGCCGUACCGCAUCAUCGACCAGCCACUCAAACUGGCCCCACAGGACUGGGAUCGAGUGGUGGCCGUGUUUGUGCAGGGACCUGCCUGGCAGUUUAAAGGCUGGCCGUGGCUGCUACCAGAUGGAUCCCCUGUUGACAUUUUUGCCAAAAUUCGAGCCUUUCAUCUGAAGUACGAUGAGGCCAAGACCGACCCCAACGUGCAGAAGUGGGACGUGACCGUGUUGGAGUUGAGUCACCACCGGCGUCAUCUGGACCGGCCCGUCUUCCUGCGUUUUUGGGAAACUCUCGACAGAUACAUGGUGAAGCACAAAUCUCACCUCAGGUUCUAAACCCAGUUCACAGCGUCCAUCCCCGAAAAGUCCCACAAAUGAAUUCUCCAACCUUCCAACUGUCAGAGGCUCUUUCAGAGGUUUCCCCUCUCGUCCAAGCUGCCAUCCCAUCUUCCAGUACGGUCCCCAGGUCAACAGGAGGAGUAGGAGGAGGGCAGUUUACCCGAUGCUCUUCCUCCUACACUUCCUCGAGGACGGUGCUGGUUUCGUUGCUCUGGACACUAGAGAUGAGAUUUAUGGGAUUUUUGUGUUUGUGUUGUAAUUGUUUUCUAAUGUAGUUAAACAAAAACACCAAAUUAUGUUUUAUAUAAAAAAGGCAACAUACUGUGGAAACAAUUUAAAAGAGAUGUUAAGCAACAUAAUGGGGGGGGGGGGUGAUGCAGAAUAUUGUGAAUUCAACUCAGACCUGUUUAGAUUGAGAGAAAUGUGAAAAUGUCUCUCGGUACAGCCACUGAGUUUGAGGAAAGACACUUCCUUCAUUAUCCUUUUUUUUUUUUUUUUCCAUUAUGGGUGUUUUUUUGUCUGAAUGUACAUAUAUGAUAAAAACCUGUCGGAGCCAAAACUGUUUGAGCAGCGAGGGUGAUGCAGGUAAGGGAUUUAAUUUUAGAAAGCUACUCUGCUCUGGCUCAAUAAAAAUAAUCUCAGUCAAGCAGCCAGCUCCUAGCUCAGUUUUUUGUUCAGCACAUCUCGUGUUCAUGCAAUGACCUUGUUCAAGUCUUCUUCUUUUUCUUCUUCGUUGGUGUUGUGCUAGAGGAGAGAAAUGAUGUGAGUAUUGCUUUAAGUCAUCACCUGAAAAUAGACAAUAAAGCCUCAGAGAAUCAAA